AUGGUUUACCCCGGCGGCCCCCGGCCGGAUGCGUGGCGCGAGCCCGCGACCUUUGCUGUGCGCUGCGGCUGGGCCCAUGGCAGCCAGGAGGCUGCCCCCGCCUGCCGCUCGCCAACCUACCAACAACCUCUUCAACGCGCCCAGCACCAACAACACACCACAAAGGGCCUCGGCAACUGGGGGGCGGGGGGAGGGAGGCCAUUGGGGAAGGGGAUGAGGGACCGGAGACGCGCAGGGACGCGUGCCUCCUUACAGCUGCCAAAACGCCCGUUCGCCCAACACCACCGCGAACAGGGGCCGCCCCGCCCGCUCGUCAGGGAGGACACCCCCUCCAGGGGGACCCACGCCCGCCGCACCGCGGCUUCGCUCUGGGGACCUCCCCGAGCCUCGCUGCCUCGGCCUCAGAGCCCUCUCAGGAGGCGGCGGAGGGAGGAAGGAGGGCCCGACCAGGGCCUGCCUGCCUGGACGACAACCAACCCCGCCCGGGGACGGCGGGGAGCCGACCACGCUCGGGAUACCCGUCCGCGGCCGCGAGGGAGCCCGCCCACCGAGGCUCGCUCGCCGGCCCCGGCGCCGCCCGCCCGCCAGCCAGCCAACGCCAGCGACCCCCCUUCGUCCCCAUACACUUGUCGCCGCGGCCGUUCCGCCCCCACCACCCCAAACAGGCCGCCCUCUCGCCCGCCCGUCCAAGGCCCACAGGGCCCCGGCCCGCCGCCCGCGCCGCCACCACAAGGCUGCCCCGGAACCAGCCUUGCCGGGGGACAGGGGAGGGAGCCAGCCGGCACCCAGCGGCAGCGGGGCCGCCUCGACAGACCCGGGGCUCGGGGAACGCCCUCGCUCGCCGCUCUCACGACCACGGCCACGGCCACGUCCACGGCCACGGCCACGGCCCAAGGGACCCAGGCUUGCCAGCGCUUCCCGGACGCCCGGGAGGCCCCGGGAGCGCGCACAGCGCGGCUGCGGCCCGCCAACACAGCAGGGCGACAGUGCCUCGGAGCAGGGACAAGUGCUGCACGGCCGCGAACAAGAGGCCAAGAGGGAGGGGCCAGCGUGCGCGGGUGGUCGAAAAAAGGGGCCUUGCCCACGCUCGCAAGGCCAACGGAAACGGCGGCAAGCGACCGUCCGCACACGGCCUGCCUAGCCGUCCCGUCCGUCGUCCGUCACGUCAGCCCUCGGCCGCGAUGGGCCCAAAAAUCAUCCCUCACGCCUGCUGGCCCGGCAAAACACGGACGGCCUGCCUGCCGGCCUCUGCUUGCCUGCCUGCCUCCCUCCGCACACAAACUGCGGCCAACAGCAGCUCGCCCCCUUACCGCGCACCCCACCGGCCACGCCCGGGGGAGGGGGAAAGCGGCGGCGGCGGUGCCCUGCCUCGCCUCCACAGACCACACUGCGGCGCCACAGCCAGCUCGCCCCCUUACGCUAACCCACCCGCCACGCCCGGGUGGAAGGCGGCGGCGGCCGGCGGUGCACUGGCCUGCCUGCCUCCACAGACCCAACUUUCGGCCACCGCCAGCUCGAUCCCCUGCCGCCAACCACCGCCACGCCGGGGGAAGGGCGGCGGCGGCGGGCGUGCCUGCCUUCGCCUGCCUCCACAGACCAACGGCCGGCCACCGCCAGCUGAUCCCCUGCCGCCAACACACCCCACGCCGGGGAAGGGCGGCGGCGUGCGGCG